UUUUAGACCAGCAUAGUGAAAGAAACUCAUGUGAAGAGACCCUGACAUAAGAUAUUCUAUUUGCCAGUAGAGGUGGCGUGCCAGAUAUCAUGAGCUGUCACGUCAGAGUGAAAGGCCAUCUUGGGAAUGGCUUUUUACUUUAAUCAGAUACUCGGGCUGACUCCACAUGCCACAGAAAACUUUAGUUAGAUGAAUCAAUUGCUUCCCAGAUAUUUGACUCAAAACUAAAGCCCCAAAUGGCUAUUAUUUAAACUAGCAAUUUUGGGGAUGGCUUGUUAUUCUGCAAAAGGUAACUCAUCGUUGAGUAUUUGAGCAAUGAAGUAAUAUAUGUCAUUUCUUUUAUGUCAUUUGGGAAAUAUGUUUGGAGAAUUAAACAGCUCUUAAUAACAUUAAAGUCCUUAAGUAUUUUAUCUCGAUUACAGCAUGUGUUAUUUCUUAGUUUGUUAGCCAUUUAAGCCAUUUCUUUUAUAGACUUGUAGUCGGGAACAAAAGGAAUGGAGUCAACUGUGGUUGAUAUAUUGUGCACCCCCAAUAAACUUAUCUGGGGCUCAGAGAACAGAACAGCCACUAUAUUAAACAUAGAGGUUAGGCAGUGGUAGCACAUGCCUUUAAUCCUAGCAAUCAGGAGGCAAUGGAUCUCUGUGAGUUCAAAGCCCCACUGGAAACAGCCAGGCAUGGUGAUACAUUCCUUUAAUCCCAGGAAGUGAUGGCAGGAAGCAGAAAGGUAUAUGAGGUGCGAGGACCAGGAACUAGAGUCUUGUUAAGCUUUUAGGCUUUUAGCAGCAGUACAGGUGAGAUCCAUUUGGAUGAGGACACAGAGGCUUCCAGUUUGAGGAAACAAGAUCAGCUGAGGAAUUGGUAAGGUUGUCUGGGCACAUUCCGAGUUGGCGCGUUCAGUACUGCGCGACUGUCAGUGAAUGCCGCCUACCCUGACCUCAGGAGCUGUGUCAAUGCCAUCCCAGACCAAUGUGACCCUAUGCCGUGUAAUGAAGAUGGGUAUCUGAGCUGCAAAGAUGGCCAAGCAGCUUUCACUUGCAUCUGUAAACCAGGAUGGCAAGGAGACAGGUGUCAGUUUGAUGUGAAUGAAUGUAAAGAUCCCUUAAAUGUAAAUGGAGGUUGCAGCCAGAUAUGCGACAACACUCCCGGAAGUUACCACUGCUCCUGCCGAAGUGGCUUUGCUAUACUUUCAAAUAAAAAAGACUGCAAAGAUAUGGAUGAGUGCUCUCUGAAGCCGAGUAUUUGUGGCACAGCUGUGUGCAAGAACAUUCCAGGAGACUUUGAAUGUGAAUGUCCUGAUGGCUACAGAUAUGAUCCUUCAUCAAAGUCUUGUAAAGAUGUGGAUGAAUGCUCUGAGAACGUGUGUGCUCAACUGUGCGUCAAUUACCCUGGAGGCUACUCGUGUUACUGUGAUGGGAAGAAAGGAUUCAAACUUGCCCAAGACCAGAAGAGUUGUGAGGGUAUUCCUGUGUGCCUUUCCUUGAACCUGGACAAAAACUAUGAAUUAUUAUACUUGGCUGAGCAAUUUGCAGGAGUUGUCUUGUAUCUGAAGUUUCGUUUGCCAGAAAUCACCAGAUUUUCAGCUGAAUUUGAUUUUCGGACAUAUGAUUCAGAAGGCAUCAUAUUGUAUGCAGAAUCUCUUGAUCACUCAAAUUGGCUCCUGAUUGCACUUCGUGAUGGGAAGAUUGAAGUCCAGUUUAAGAAUGAGUUUUCAACCCAAAUCACAACUGGAGGCAAUGCUAUUAACAAUGGUAUAUGGAAUAUGGUGUCUGUGGAAGAAUUAGAUGACAGUGUCAGCAUUAAAAUAGCUAAAGAAGCUGUGAUGAAUAUAAAUAAACUUGGGAGCCUUUUUAAACCUACAGAUGGAUUUCUGGAUACCAAAAUAUACUUUGCAGGAUUACCUCGGAAAGUGGAAAGUGCACUCAUUAAACCGAUUAAUCCUCGUCUGGAUGGGUGUAUACGAGGCUGGAAUUUGAUGAAACAAGGAGCUUUAGGUGCAAAGGAAAUUAUUCAAGGAAAACAAAAUAAGCAUUGCUUCCUCACAGUAGAGAAGGGCUCUUACUACCCUGGUUCUGGAAUUGCUCAGUUCAGCGUAGAUUACAAUAAUGUAACCAAUGCAGAAGGAUGGCAAAUGAAUGUGACCUUGAAUAUUCGUCCAUCCACCGGCACUGGAGUUAUGUUUGCCUUGGUUUCUGGAGACACGGUCCCCUUUGCCUUGUCCUUGGUGGGCUCCAGCUCAGAAAAUUCUCAGGAUAUAAUGGUAUUUGUUGAAAAUUCAGUGGUGGCUCGAAUAGAUGCCGUAACUCUGUGCUCUGACCAGCAAUCCCAACUGAAAAUUAAUGUUAACAGAAAUGGCCUGGAACUGUGGACCCCACUUAGGAAAGAUGUCAUCUACUCUGAAGAUCUCCAAGGGCAACUUGCUGUCUUGGACAAAGCAAUGAAAGGAACCGUGGCCACUUACCUAGGUGGCCUUCCAGAGAUUCCCUUCAGUGCCACCCCAGUGAAUGCCUUUUACAGCGGAUGUAUGGAGGUACACAUCAACGGUGUGCAGUUGGAUCUGGAUGAAGCCAUCUCUAAACAUAAUGACAUUAGAGCUCACUCGUGUCCAUCGGUUAGGAAAAGCCAGAAUAACGUCUAAAGUCUGUUUUCCAUGCUUAUAA